AUGUCUCCGAGGCAUUCGCGGAGAAUCCGCCGGGACCCUCUUUACCGUUCCCCCCUUCCGCCAGUACUCAUCAACACCCUGGCAAGGCUCUUUACACGUUACCUGUCGGAAUGCAAGGUUCCUAAACAGUGGAAGACUAGCAAAACCGUGUUGCUGUAUAAAAAGGGAGAUCCACAUGACAUCGGCAACUAUCGCUCAAUCUGCUUACUGUCCGUCAGCUACAAGCUCUUUACAAGAGUGAUCCUUAAUAGGACUGAAGUCUUGGAUAAAGGACAGCCGUGCGAGCAAGCAGGGUUUCGAAAAGGAUUCAGUACGAUUGACCACAUUCACACUGUUUCGAAACUCAUCGAGGUAUCACGAGAGUACAAGAUGAGGCUCUGUCUCACCUUCAUCGACUUAAAGAAGACCUUCGACUCAGUUGAGACGGAAGCGGUCGUGGAAGCCUUGGACAACCAAGGCGUCCAUACUCAGUACAUAAAGGGUGACACAAUCUCACCCAAAAUAUUCACAGCCACCAUCGAGAACGCAAUGCGAAAGUUGGAAUGGGACGACAUGGGAGUGAAGGUCGACGGUCGGCAGCUACACCAUUUGCGCUUUGCUGAUGACAUCGUACUGAUAACACCUAGCGUCAGCCAAGCGGAACGAAUGCUGACCAAAUUCGACGAAACAUGUGGAUGCAUCGGUCUUCAGCUGAAUCUAGACAAGACGAUGUUCAUGCGGAACGGAUGGGUCUCGGAUGCCUCAUUCACGCUCAACGGAACGAAUAUAUCCGAAUGCACCAGCAACGUUUAUCUGGGUCGGGAACUGAACAUGAUGAACGACGUGACCCCCGAGCUGGGCAGGAGGAGACGAGCGGCUUGGGGAGCGUACAAGAGCAUCGAGGAUGUAGUGAAGAAGACCAGGAACACCCUGCUCCGUGCUCACCUCUUCAACACCACCGUACUUCCUGCUUUGACCUAUGCUUCGGAAACCUGGGAAUUUCGCAAGCAGGAAGAAAACGCGGUGAGCGUCAUUGAACGCGCAAUUGAGAGAGUGAUGCUAGGAGUAUCCUGUUUUGCGCAAGUGAGGGACGGGAUUCGAAGUUCUCUCCUACGUCAGCGAUCGAAGAUUAGAGACGCCGCGUUUGCCAAGGAAAGUAAAAUAAGGUGGGCCGGACUUGUGAUGCGCUUCAAUGACAACCGUUGGGCCAGAUCCGUGAGCGAUUGGGUUCCCCGCGAUAUUAAACGCACACCAGAAAGACCGCCGACCCGAUGA